AUGGGUCUCCGUCCCUUGAUUAAGAGAGGCCGAGCGGUCAUGCGCCGCUUGGGCGCCGACAGCAAGGCUGAUUCGGCGACUAGCUCUUCGAUUGAAACUACCCAGGGAGCUACAUUCGAGGAAGCCAAGAGACAACCUACUGUGGAGGCUACGGCUACGGCUCAAGAGCCGGAGCACCCUUCCGAAGAUCUUCAACAUGGUGUCCGCAAUGUCGAGGCUAUUACCAUGAGCUGGUCUAAGACCACCUUGAUUUGUGUCUUCAUCAAUAUUUGGUUCCUCUACUUUGUCAAUGCCUUCCAGUCAUCCGUGUAUGGCAGCUUGAGCCCGUACAUUUCCAGCUCUUUCCAGGCUCACUCCUUGUCCGGUGUGCCCAUGGCUCUCGCUGAUGCCUUUACUGCGGCUUGUUACCUACCUGUUGGAAAGAUCAUGGAUACCUGGGGCCGUGCUGAGGGUUUCCUUCUGAUGACCAUCAGUGCUACUCUUGGUCUCAUCCUGUUCGCCUCGUGCGACAGUUUUGCCAUCUACUGUGUUGGAUACGUCUUCUACCAGCUCGGCUUCAGCGGAAUGGAGUAUUCUAUCGAUGUCAUCACCGCCGAUUCCUCUACCUUGAAGAACCGAGGUCUAGCAUUCGCCUUCACCUCGUCGCCAUAUAUCAUUACCGCCUUUGCUGGCCCCAAGGUUGCCGACGAGUUUUUAGCCCAAGUUAGCUGGCGUUGGGGUGUUGGUUGCUGGGCCAUUAUUUUCCCCAUCGUUGCGGCACCACUGUACUUCAUGCUCCAGCGCAACUUGAAAAAGGCUGUUGACCAAGGACAUGUCCUGAGAGAGUCUAGCGGUCGUACUUUCUUCCAAAACGUCUGGUACUGGACCAUCCAGUUUGAUUUGCCCGGUGUUGUUAUGUUCACUAUCGGCCUUGUUCUGUUCGAGGUUCCCUUCGAUAUCGCUAGUGAGGCCCCUAACGGCUGGGGCUCUGGCUAUAUCAUUGCUAUGCUCGUUGUUGGUUUCUGCAUGCUUUUCUUCUUCAUCUUUUACGAAUGGAAGCUGGCCCCUGUGCCACUGCUUCCGAUGGAAUUCCUGCUCGACCGGACAGUCAUUGGCGCUUGUCUCUUGGACGCGACCUACCAGAUCUCUUACUACUGCUGGAACAAUUACUUCACUUCGUUCUUGCAGGUUGUGAACAACGUGACUGUUGCCCAGGCUGGUUAUAUCAGCAACACCUUUGAUGUUGUUUCUGGAGUACUUCUUAUCCUGGUCGGUUUCAUCAUCCGCAAGACUGGUCGCUAUAAGUGGCUGCUCUACAUUUCCGUUCCUCUGUACCUUUUGGCUCAGGGUUUGAUGAUUUACUUCCGCAAGCCUAACAUGUCUGUCGGAUACCAGAUCAUGUGUCAGAUCUUUAUCUCUAUUGGUGGCUCAAUUUUCAUUAUCGUGGAGCAGCUGGCUAUUCUCGCCGCCGUGGAUCACCAGCACGUCGCCGCCGCUCUAGCCUUGCUUAAUGUCGUUGGCACGAUCGGUGACUCUGCCGGUUAUACUAUCUGCACAGCGAUCUGGACCAACACCUUCGAGAAGGCCCUCAUCCGCUACCUUCCCGAGUCAGCGAUCUCGAACUUGGAUAUGAUCUACGAGGAUCUCGACACGCAGAUCAGCUACCCUGUCGGAAGUGCGACAAGGACUGCUAUCCAGGAAGCCUAUGCAUACAGUGAAGUGCGCAUGUUGUCCGCUGGUCUGGGUAUCAUGGCUUUGGCCAUUGCCUGGACUAUGCUGAUCAGAGAUAUUGACCUCAAGAAGAAGCCCCAGGUUCAGGGAACAGUCUUCUAG